AUGGGUACCUUGGGGACUUUGAUGAAACAUCCGGAUGACAUUUACCCGCUUUUGAAGCUCAAAAUGGCAGCCAAGAACUUAGAGAAGCAGAUCCCUCCAGAGCCCCAUUGGGCUUUCUGUUAUUCCAUGCUUCACAAGGUGUCUCGUAGUUUUGCUCUCGUUAUUCAACAGCUCGGCACUGAGCUUCGUAACGCUGUCUGUAUAUUUUAUCUGGUUCUUCGAGCUCUAGACACUGUUGAGGAUGAUACAAGCAUUGCAACAGAUGUCAAAGUCCCCAUCUUGAUAGCAUUUCAUCGUCAUAUAUAUGACCGCGAUUGGCAUUUUUCAUGUGGUACAAAGGACUACAAAGUUCUCAUGGACCAGUUUCAUCAUGUUUCAACUGCUUUUCUGGAACUCGGGAAAGGUUAUCAGGAGGCAAUUGAGGAUAUUACCAAAAGAAUGGGUGCAGGAAUGGCAAAAUUUAUCUGCAAGGAGGUAGAAACUGUUGAUGACUAUGAUGAGUACUGCCACUAUGUGGCAGGGCUUGUUGGUUUAGGUUUGUCCAAGCUUUUCCACGCUGCUGAUAAGGAAGAUUUGGCCUCGGAUUCUCUCUCAAAUUCAAUGGGCUUAUUUCUUCAGAAAACAAACAUCAUUCGGGAUUAUUUGGAGGAUAUUAAUGAGAUACCGAAGUCUCGCAUGUUUUGGCCACGUCAGAUCUGGAGUAAAUAUGUUAACAAACUUGAGGACUUAAAAUAUGAGGAAAACUCAGACAAGGCUGUGCAAUGCUUGAAUGACAUGGUCACUAAUGCGUUGAUACAUGUGGAAGAUUGCUUGAAGUACAUGGCUGCUUUAAGAGAUCCUGCAAUAUUUAAAUUUUGUGCCAUCCCUCAGAUCAUGGCAAUUGGCACGCUGGCAUUAUGCUACAACAACAUUGAGCUCUUCAGAGGUGUAGUCAAAAUGAGGAGGGGCCUUACAGCAAAAGUCAUUGACCGAACAAAAUCAAUGGAUGAUGUCUAUGGUGCUUUCUUUGAUUUUUCUUCCAUUUUAAAGUCCAAGGUUGACAAGAAUGACCCUAAUGCAACAAAAACAUUGAGCAGGCUGGAAGCAGUACAGAAAACAUGCAGAGCCUCUGGAGCCCUGAGCAAAAGGAAAUCCUACAUCGUCAAGGGUGAGCCGAGCUACAAUUCAACUCUGAUUGUGGCACUGUUUAUUAUAUUGGCCAUCGUUUACGCUUACCUCUCUGCCAGCCCAAGAAUCUAA